ACCUCCUGUACCGGCAUUGUGUUUUUUAUGCAUUUCCAGGCAUUUUUAAUAAUAUCCCUCAACUCUGUAGCUCACAGCUGAUGAUGCUCGUCCCGGAUCACUGAUUUCAACUCCAUUUAUUCACCAAUCUGAUCAUAUGUACAUAGAAGAAUAUAUUGAAGAAGAUGAGGAACCACCUUUGCUGCUCAGCUCUUGUCCUUCUUACGGUGUUUGGCUGUGGUGGGACUGCAGCAGUGCAGUGUCGGUGGGGGGAAGGGUGUGUGUGUCUGCAAUGUCCCGCUGGCCAAGAACCUUCCAAGGCCUGUGGGCUGAUCCAAGGGCCAGAGGAGGAAGUGCGAUGCCAGUUUUGCUCGGCCGGCACAUUUUCAGAUGCACUUGACUCUGAACUUUGCCGUCCACACACCUCCUGUAAGACCCUCGGCCGAGAGGUAGCAACCCCUGGCACCUCGACCUCUGACGCUGUCUGUGGAGGCUGUCUGCCUGGAUUACACUCCACUGCAGCCGGGGACGUUUCCACCCAAAGUCCCUGUGUGAAGGCUCCUGCAGCUCCCCUUGUCCGGACAGUCCGCACGGUGGGUAAGGGUCCAGCUGGUGGUGGCGGCGGGCCAGUCAACGGCACAGCGGUACGCAGCGCCGAAGAAAAAACAGCAGAGUACGCUGUGUUCGCCUUGGUGCCCAUCUUCUGCGUGAUGGGCCUGCUGGGCAUCCUCAUCUGCAACAUCCUGAAAAAGAAGGGAUACCGCUGCACCGCAGAGAAAGAGGGAGGGGACGAAGAGAAUGCCACACCGCACAAAGAAGGCAACGGUUGUCCUUACAUACCCGAUGACCCUAACGAAGACACCAUCAGUGUUCUGGUGCGCCUCAUUACUGAGAAAAAAGAAAAUGCUGCUGCGCUAGAGGAACUGCUGCUGGAGUACGAGAGCAAACAGAUGGCCAUGAGUAAAGCCUCGUCAAUCAAGUUCCCGGUGCUGUCUCCCCUGUCUCAGUUCCGCUCCCUGCCCCGGCUCUGCCCCCACCAGUCCCACCUCCACACCAUCUCUGGCCUCUCCGGCCUGGCCCCCAAACACGGUUACUGCUGCUCCCGCUGCGCCCAGCGGAAAUGGCCCCCUAUCCUGAUACCUCCCCUGGAUUCCCUCAAAGACCCCCUGAAGCCCCCCCAGACCCUCAUCCUGCCCUCACUGAAUACAGCUGCUGACCAGCAGAAGAGCCCCCUCCUUGGGGGAGUGUGUGUUGACACACACCAUACACAAGCUGUCGUGCCAAAUGCAGUGCAGGAGAAGGUGGAGGGGAGUGAAGUGAAGGAGAAGAAAGAGAGUAAGGAGGGAGAGCUGACCGUGCUGUCCGUGGGGAGAUUUCAAGUGGCUCAGAUCCCAGAGCAGAAGCCUGUCACUGUGGAAACUAAAACGUCAUCCCAGGAGACACGCAACUCACUGUUUGGAGGGAAGCCCUUCUCUUCCUCUUCAUCAUCAGGCACCAGGAGGUGAACAGGGCGACGCUGGAUAAUAACGCUACCUCGCUGAAGAUGACCUCAUCAUGGGUUGACAACUUUGACAACCAGCAGGGAGGGUGUUUCUAGAUUGACUGACACCGACAACCACCUCCACCUUCGGAAGUCGAUCCUGGCUAUCCAAGGAAAGGAAUAUAGUUGUAUUUAUUAUUACAUAAAGAGUUAUUGUACUUCACAGAUGUAACCAUCAUUGAACUUCCACUCGAUUCAUGCUUAUUGCACUCCAGCUGCGCUGUUGCCCCACCUCUGAGAGGAAUCAUUUUGAAAACCCUGUUGGGUAUAUCCUGGGGUGGGAUGGGGGUACUUCUGCGAUGUCUACCACUACAGCGUUGUGAUAAGCAUUUAUCCUCUAGAGAGAAGGAUGAGGGGGAGAGGGAGGAAAAGAAGAGAGGGGUGGAUAAUGAACAAAAUGCACUCUUAGCCCCUGUAUUUGUGCUUCCAACAAAAAAAAAAAAUGAAGGAAGGGGUUAAAACACUCACACAUGAACAUGAAUGCACUUGUGCUCAUGUUACACAUACAUGCAGACAAACACACACACACACACACGUCAAUUGUGCUUACACAUCCUGUACAUUGAAAUAUAGUCAUUCUUCCCUGUGGGGAGUGCAGAGGACGAGACACUGUGCAAUACUGAUGCUGAUAGGAAGACAAAGCUGAAACUUCGAUGCGACAGAAACAAAUUCCCAAUCAUAUGCACACAAAAUAAGGAAAAAAAAAACACUCAGCCAGCAGUCUUCAACCAUAUGCCAUUUGAACCAAGCAUACCCAAACACCACAGCAGCUGAUUUCACUCAAUAACACACCUUCAGUGAGUGCUCAAAAUGAGCUGCUGCAGUGUUUGGCUGGAAUGAAACCCUGCACAGUCUUAGAUCAUAUGGCACAUUACUGAAGACCACUGUACUAGGUAUGUAAAGAUGUUAAAAAAUAAAUCUCAUCUUGAUCUUUGAGAUUUUUUUAAAUAGAAAUUUUGUUAUUUAGCUUCUUUUGACUCUGCCUACUUAUUAGCUGCAGAUGAGCUGAACUUUUAAGACCUGGAAAAUAUUGAAUGUAGUCUUAAUGGAAGUCGCUCACUACAUACUGAGUUCACUAAAGCACGUCAACAUUUUGACAGUUGGAGAAACAUUCAUUCAGUAUGAAUAUGCACACCUACAGAAGUAAUUACAUUUGUAACCUUUAAGCUCUUAGACUAGGUCCAAGUAGAGCAGUGUAUCGACUAGGGCCUGAAAUGGGUUUUCUGGAGGGGCCCAUAUUACAGCAUGUCAUUUUUUUUAAUUAAUUAAACUUUUCCCAUGACUGAAAAACUUUUAAAAACCUUGAGAGUAGAUCUCACUUAUGUAGAAUAGGACAUGUAAAUGUAUGUACAUAUGUAAAUACAGGUGGGUUAAAGAAACUCACUUUACCUGGCUUUUUUAAUUGGAGUACAUGAGGUGAGGAGUGGAUAGACGGGACCUGAAAAAACAGUGAAGGCUGUUGCGCUACAUCAUCAUGGGAUAUUUGUAAUCCAUCAGUUUAUCAAAUACAACAGGAACAUCACUGAAUGUGAUAGGCUGAAGUGUGGUUCCCUAAAGCACGAAUAUGCCAUAAAGUCUAGAGAUGCUGAGAGGUCUCUCUCUCAUGCAUGCACACACAUUCAAACACAAGCAUCCCAUUCCCCCCCCUAAAUAUUUACAUUUUUUUUUUAGUGUCUUUAUUACGUGAACCAACAAGUGGCUGCGGAGUAUUAGUGGUGGAGAUGCCUCUCACACAUGCAGCACACACAGCUGGCUUUUAGUUUACAUCCUCAUGGUUUUUAAAGGGUGUACUAUAAUCAUCCUAGGUUUUUUUUAGCUACUUAUUUUCAUAUUUUGUUAUUAUGUUACUGUUUUAUUUUUGCGGUUCACAGAACAUGACAACAUGUCAGGAAGAUUGGAUCAUAUUUAUUGGUUGCAGCAUUUACAUGUUUUCAUUUGAUCUGUGUAUUAUUAUUAUUAUUAUUUUAUUAUUAUUAAUGAUAAAUGUUACAAGCUGAAGUGUUGCUGGUAUAGGAAGGUUACAAACACUCAUCUCAUCAAC